ACGGAGUCAUAAGACUUAGACCACUGUUGAUGAUCCUCAUCUAUGCAUUUUUUCAAUCUCGAAAUUCCUAAUUCUUUAGUACACUUUGUAAAUAUCUUGAUUGAGCCCCUAGUUUUGAAUUCAUGGCUCCCCCCCAAAAAUCAGAAUGGGAUACAAAAACCCUGAAAUAAAGCUUGAUUCAAAAAGAGUAAUUGAAAAUUUGAAAUAACCAAAUCUGAUGAUCCGGAUGCACUUUGUUACCCAACCAAUUUGGCUGGCUGCAAGUGACUAUUGGGCCGAUCCACCUCCAAGAAGAUAAAUCACGAUCUCCCAUGGUGAAGCCAUCCACUACUUUACACACAUCCGAUCACUCAUUAAUCAUAAAUAUCAGUUAAAUUCUAUAGUCACCAAAUAUAAGAAUAUAAAUCAAGACGUUUGAGUUUAUGUUUCAUUUUAAGAUAUAUAACGUCUGAGUGAGAACUUUGAGAUUUACCAACAAACCCCCCUCCCCCACCCUGCACUUGCACCAGAUGGGAGGGGUAAUUGGGUAUUGCAUAUAUGUGUGUACUACUGAUAUUUUAUAACGAGACUCAAACAUGAAUGGGAAGGGUGAGUCUAAAAGAACAGAAAGAAGAAGUUGGAAAUGCCCUUAUCAAUUUGUUCAGGUCAAAAGUUUAAUUUUUUUUUUAAGCAACAAGAGCCGGAGGAAGAAAAGACCUUUUGUUUCCAAACUGUGCCAUUGAAAUGAAAAAUCUUAUUCCAAAGUGAGCUAAGCUUAUCUCAUCAUCAACCUUUUCUUCACACCAGAAGAUAGGGACACAAGUUAUAAUCUUUGGAAUCACAGAAGGUAACUCAAGUACUACCAUAUACAAGACACAAGCAGUAAAAUCAUAACUUCUAAAUUUUAAUUUUUGUAAUUAUUUUGAGUUAAAUCACGAAAGAUUUAUCAUUCAUAAAACCCUAAUCUCAAUUUGAAUAAUCUGUGCUUGACUAAACCCUUGAAAGAAUUAAUCAAAAUACAUAUAUAUUGGUUCCACCAACCCUGGCGGUUGAUUUAAAAAAAAAUUGUCAUCUUUAGACAAGAAAUUUCGAUACUUAAUAAAAGAGUAUGGGAGAUGACUAGUUGUGGAAUUACUGUAGAACGUUGUUAUACCAGCCCUUACCUGUUCAGAAGGAUUCAAACGAUACCCAAACCCCAACCCACCAAACGUUUAGAAGCAAAAUUUGCCACAGCCAAAUGAAGAAAACACAAAUAUCUACCCAAAGCUUCACUGCCUUUUUAAAGCACAAAAGAAGAAGAUACAAAUAGAGAAGAACUACACAUGCCUGGAUACUCACUCUAGCCCUAUGGCUAUCAACAUUCAUCUGUAAGAUUUGAGAACAACGCCACAGAAAGUACAAACAAUAGCUUUCCAAGAUCUCCAGUAAAAUGGGACGUAACAAAAUCUGGUGGCGGUUCUCAUAUCAGCCACCCUCGCGCCACCCCCGCACCGCGAACACAACCCCGCCACGGGCUUGGUCCUCCUCAUCUUCCUCUUUUGAUCAACAAGAAAGCAGAAACAAACCAUGGUCGACGUGUAGUUCCAAAGCUCUAAAGGGUGUAAAAUGACAAUGG